GUCCAGAACUCUGUUUCAUGCAACUGACUCGUCUGUGGUUCAGGCCACUCACAGACCCACAAAAGAAAUGGACAUUCUGGAUUCUGUCUGAAAUACAGGAGUGCAGUGGAAGCUGAUAUGAUCAGACUGAAGAGUAUGCUGUAUCUAGCUAGGGCCCCAAAACUGCCUUAGCUAUCCUGUUUUCUCUGGCAUUAUCUUCAAUGCUGAAUGCCUCUGCAAUUGUCUGUAUGGCUAAUAUGCCCACAACAGAAUUCUGACAUUUGUUGAAGAUCUCCAGACCAUGACCUCCCUAGUCAGCACUUCUCACCUCCAACUAGCUGCUUUUGCUUUUGGUACAACAGGCUGGAUCUUAUGCAGUGUUUCAAUGGGACUUGUGGAAUGGAGAGUAUGGCAUGUGGACAACACCACCAUCAUCUCCUCUGGCAUUGCAUGGGUGGGAAUAUGGAAAGUUUGCUUCAUCAGUUAUCUCCACGUUUCCUCUGACCUUAAAGAACAGAUCUGUCAUAAAAUGAAUGACUAUGAGACCUCCAUCCCCAAUGCAAUUUUUGUUGCUCAGGGCCUCCUGCUGAUUGCCAUGGUUGUUGGUGCACUGGGAAUGGCUUCCACUAUAUUUGCUCUGAGGAGUAUUUAUAUGGGAAUACUUUACAAAACUCAGAUCAUCCGUUUUUUUCUAGUGGCUGGAUUCUUGUACCUAGCUGCAGGUCUUUGUGUCUUAAUUCCAGUGAGCUGGAAUUUCUAUUCUGUAGUGCACAACCAAACAAUCUCCUUUCCCCCUUCUUUCUACAUGCCCUCCAGCCCAGUGACUCAGGAAGUUGGUGCUGCUAUUCCUGUUGGGAUCAUAUCUGCCAUCCUGCUGCUGCUGAGUGCGACGUUCUCUUUUUCUUACAGAUUUCCUGUCACCCCAAAUGCUGGGGUGUAA